AAAAGAAAUUAAAACCAACAAUAGAAUUAGAAGAUGCAAAACCCAUAAUAAGACUAUUAAAAAAAAAUAGAGCAAUAAAGGAAGAAGAAUUUGAUAUGAAUAAGGCACAAGAAAUAGAUUUUAACAAAUAUAAUUAUUAUAAAUCAGAAAUAAUAGAAUUACCGGUAUUAUAUACAUAUGAUAGAUUAAAAAAAAUGGAUGAGUUAAGUGAUAAGAAAAAAAAAGAUCUAAUAGAAAAAUUUGAAGAACAUAUAACAAAAUCUGUUCUGGGUAGGAUAAAGGAUCGAGCAUUAGGAUGUUUAACAAAUGUUUUGUCGGAUAAACUAUCUGGAUAUAUGCUUGAUAAAGUAAAAAGU